UUGCCCAAGCAAGCGUUUGUGUUGUCGACUAGUUUUUGAGUAGAUAAAAAUAAAUAAUCAUAAUCUAUUUAUACAGAAUUUGUGAUUUGAAUAGAUAACUUUGGGCUGCCUAUUCGACGAAUAACAAUUCAUCAUGGAUGACCUGCAAAAUUAUAAGCUGCAGCUCCAACAAGUGGAGGCAGCCCUUACAACUGAUCCAACAAAUGAGGAAUUAUUGAAAUUAAAAAUAGAUCUCGAGGAAGUGAUUGAAUUAACACAUGAUUUAAUUAAGUCACAACAACAAGAGAAAAGGCAAGCAAAUGGAAUGGAUGCAAAGGAUCCUAUUUUACUUGCGGUACUUGCUAAUAAAUGGAAAGUUGGUGAUCAAUGUAUGGCUCCCUGGAGCGAGGAUGGCAAAUAUUAUGAAGCAACAAUAGAUGCUAUAAAUGAAGAUGGUGUAGUAAAUAUUACAUUUAAUGAAUAUAAAAAUACAGAUGUUACAAUGUUGAGUCAGUUAAAAUCAGCAGCCAAAAGGCCUGCAUCCGACUGGGCUGAGCAAAAAUCCAAAAAGAUGCAAGCUGCAACAGUCGCAGGGUCUGAUCCAAACAAGCAAAGAGAAUAUCUUAAAAAGAAAAAACAGAAGAAGCUUCAACGAUUCAAGGAACUUGAAGAAGAACGUGAAAUGGAAAAGAACAAAUGGCUAGCAUUUACGAAUAAAUCUUCCAAAAAGGGUGUGAUAAAGAAGAGUAUAUUUGCAACACCAGAGAAUGUAAAUGGUCGGGUUGGUAUUGGUACUUGCGGAGUUAGUGGCCGAGAAAUGACGAAGUUCAGUAAUGGUGAAAAGUGGAGACGUGGCGCAUAAGAGUGUAUAUAGACAAAUGUAUUAUGACCAUUAUUGUUAAGUUGAACUAAGAUUUGGAGGAAUGAUUGUAAAUUUUUCUGUUGGCAUGAACAAUGGAGUGUCAGUGAUGAAAGAACGAUGUUAUAUACAAUUACCAUUAACCUUCAUGGAUCUUAGAGAACACGAUUGUUUACUAAUCGAAUUUGUUACUUACUGUGAACUUCUACAUUUAUGUGACAAAUGAAUGUGUGUGCGUAUGAGUGAGUGUGUAUGUGGUGUUUAGUCUACAAAACAUUAUUAUGAAUUAUUUGUAUGUACUCAUUAUUGGUACGAAUAAAUGUAUAUUUUAAGGCCAUGUUGGGACUUAUAUUACAAUGCUAAUGAGGAAAAUUGGAUCUAUAAAAUGAAUUGUCAUAUAAGUAUAAUAAAUUUCGGCAUUUUUGGUGUUUCAUUCUCA